AUGUUCCAACCUCUCCAUCUACCCUGUUUCUUCCUUGCCUCUGCCAAAAAGAAAAAACGAACCCACCCCCUUUUUCUUCUUCUUCUCCUUCUCCUUCUUCUCCUCCUUAACUUCUUGCUAUCCCCCUUUUUUUUUAUCGUGAUGAUGUACGAGAACCCCGUCUCUCUCUCUCUCUUAUAA